CUCCUUCCAAGACACCACCAGGCAGCCAUAGCUCCUCUCCACUUGGAUAGAACAGUGGCACGAAGGAGGUCAGAUCAGUAUGUCGGGUGUUUGGGUGUUCAAGAACGGCGUGGUCCGGCUGAUCGAGAACCCCGCCAAUGAGCAGUCGUCGACGAUCCGCCGCAAGGUGCUGCUGCACAUCCCCACCAACGAAGUCAUCACCUCCUACGAUAACCUGGAGCGCAAGCUGAUGAGCCUGGGGUGGGAGCGGUACUACGACGACCCCGGCCUCCUCCAGUUCCACAAGCGGUCGUCGGUCGACCUCAUCUCCCUCCCCAAGGAGUUCAGCCGGUUCAAGUCGAUGCACAUGUACGACAUCGUCGUCAAGAACCGCGAGUCCUUCAGAGUCGUCGACAUGUAGAUACGUGCACAGAGAUGGAUGGAUGGAUGGACCGGCUCUCCGUCCACCCCACCCCGAGCUGCUUCCGCUCUGCUACUACCGUCGUUACCGUGUUGUGUGAAUCUUCUCAUGGGUUGCUGUUGCAUGGUGAAUUGUAUUGGUGUGCUUCUUUCCUGUAAUAUUCGGGUCGUAUGUUGUGAUGUGCAGUAAUGGUUUCAUGUUGGUGAUUCUUGCGUGCUCA